AUGGCCGUCUACCGAAGCCCAUUUGAACCAUCACCGGAGUCCAUGCCUGAGUCGUCUCUGGCAUCCACACCGAUGCUUACACCGCAGUCUACACCUGAGAAUACACCCGUGUCUACACCUCCUCCCACACUACAGCCCACAGGGGAUUAUAGAUUUGUGUUUGUACCGCAGCAUAUCCCGCCAUUUGUACCACGGACCGCACCACCGACUGCACCGCAGACUACAGCGGAGACUAUACUGCCGCAAACCACAUCACAGCGUCCACUACAUCCAACACCGCAGUCACCACAGCCCACUACUGUCAACCCAUCAACUACCCAGACUGAAAAUCAGCCAUCAACCAAGGAAAUCUACAAGAAUAUUGCUGUCCGACGAUCACAGGUUGACCUUGAGCGUGCGGAGCUUGGACUUGCGUGCCGGAAACGACUGGCAGAUAAACUAGAGACGGGUGUAUGGCUGUUAAUGGGAUUUGUGGUUGUCGUUACCUUCAAAAUACUGUUUAUUUAG